AUGUUAACAGUUCCUAAUAUAGAUCAAUCUGAAGAUGCCGAGGAUGCUGACGAGUCAGGAAAUACUGGAGGUGUGACUGAUCAUGAGGAGCUAGCGCAGAUAAUAAAAUUAAUUGACGACAAUGAAAAUGAUCUGUAUGAGGGUUGUACCGAGUUCACCAGGUUAUCAUUUAUGCUGCGUCUUUUACGUAUAAAGUCUCUUAGCGGAAUGGCGGAUAAAUAUUUUAAUAUGUUGCUUGUGUUGCUGAGAAAAGUCAUUCCAAAUGGAAAAGAUAGCAUACCAAAAAAUUAUGAUAACGCAAAGAAGAUUGUUUCCGUUAUAGGACUUGAUUACAAUAAAAUCGACGCAUGCCCUAAUGAUUGUAUCCUCUACUAUAAGGAUAACAAAGAUCUUCAGGAGUGUCCAAUUUGUGGAGUAUCACGGUGGGUACAACGCAAAAAUUAUUCAACACAUGGGACAACAAGGUCUAUGCUUAAGCAAAAGAAGAUUCCAGCAAAGGUCCUGCGUCAUUUUCCCUUAAUACCAAGGCUAAAACGGUUGUAUAUGAAUAAAGACACUGCUAAGCAAAUGAGGUGGCACAUGGAAGAACGUACUGAUGAUGGUAAAAUCAGACAUCCGGCUGAUGCAGAGGCGUGGAAGCAUAUGGAUAGAACUUUUCCUUGGUUUGCGAAUGAGUGCAGGAAUGUUAGACUAGGUUUGUCUAGCGACGGAUUCAAUCCAUUUGGGAUAAUGAGUUCUGGUUGGUCUACAUGGCCUGUGGUAUUAACGCCUUACAACUUGCCACCUUGGCUUUGCAUGAAACAACCGUAUAUGAUACUUUCAUUGUUGAUACCAGGCAAUGACAUAGAUGUGUUUUUAGAACCGCUAAUUGAUGAGUUAAAACAACCCUGGACUGAAGGGGUUAUGACUUAUGAUACUCAUGCAAAGCAGUCUUUCAGACUACGUGUUAUUUUACUAUGGACAAUUAAUGAUUUUCCAGCCUAUGCGAAUCUUUCAGGUUGGUCUACAAAGGGAACAUAUGCAUGUCCAGUGUGUGGUCCAGAAUUCAAAGGUCUUUAUCUGCAGCACAGUCGAAAGUUUUGUUAUUGGUUUAAUAGAAGGUGGUUGAACAUAAAACACAGGUACAGAACAAAAAAAUGGAGCAAGUUUUUUGAUGGUACUGUUGAGAAGAGAGAUGCUCCGCGUCCAUUACGUGGGGAUCAGAUUGUACAUUUGCUUGAGAUGUUCCCUGCCGUCAGGUUUGGAAAGAAGCGCUAUUCGAAAGAAGAUUUACUUGGAGUAAGGAACUUGCGUAUUAACAAAAGGAUACCAAAACGAAAGAGACAAGCACAAGUG